UUCUCUCUCCUCUUUCAAAAUCCCUAAGCUUUUCUCUGUAUAAAUACUCUCAACCCCAAAAUAAACAACACAGGAAAAAACAUAUUGAUUGAUAUAGAGGAAGAGAAAGCAAGCAACGACGUCGUUUUUACUGUUUCUUUUUUGUCCUCCUCUAAAUUUCUCCGAUCUCUUUCACUAUACUGGUUUAGAAACAAUUAAGUAAUGUCUUCGCUUAGUAGAGAACUUGUGUUUCUCAUACUUCAGUUUCUUGAUGAAGAGAAAUUCAAAGACACUGUUCACAGGUUGGAGCAAGAAUCGGGGUUUUACUUUAACAUGAGGUAUUUUGAUGAAAUGGUGACCAAUGGAGAAUGGGAUGAGGUGGAGAAAUACUUAUCAGGUUUUACUAAGGUUGAUGAUAAUAGAUACUCUAUGAAGAUUUUCUUUGAGAUUCGCAAACAGAAGUACCUUGAAGCUUUAGACAAGCGGGACCGCCCGAAAGCAGUGGAGAUUUUAGUGAAGGACUUGAGAGUGUUUUCAGCAUUCAAUGAAGAACUUUUUAAAGAGAUCACACAAUUACUGACACUAGAAAACUUUAGGGAUAAUGAACAGCUAUCAAAAUAUGGAGAAACCAAGUCGGCUAGAAGUAUAAUGCUUGCUGAACUCAAAAAGUUGAUAGAGGCUAACCCUCUUUUCCGUGAUAAGCUUCAGUUUCCAACCUUGAAAAGUUCAAGGUUGCGAACACUUAUAAAUCAAAGUUUGAAUUGGCAACAUCAACUUUGUAAAAAUCCAAGGCCUAAUCCUGAUAUAAAGACCCUUUUUGUUGAUCACAGUUGCGGACAAUCAAAUGGAGCUCGGGCUCCAUCCCCUGUAACUAAUCAUUUAAUGGGUUCGUUGCCUAAGGCAGGGGGUUUUCCACCAUUGAGCGCUCAUGUUCCAUUUCAGCCUAAUCCUGCUGCUCUUUCAACAUCUCUUGCUGGUUGGAUGGCAAAUUCAUCUCCAGUACCUCAUCCAUCAGCUUCCGCUGGUCCAAUUGGUUUGUCUGCUGCCAACAAUGCGGCAAUUCUAAAGCGUCCUAGGACUCCUACCAAUAACCCAGCUAUGGAUUAUCAAACAGCAGACUCCGAACAUGUAUUAAAAAGAACAAGACCGUUUGGAAUAUCAGAUGAGGUCAGCAAUCUACCUGUAAAUAUUCUGCCUGUUGGAUAUGGUACUCAGAACCAUGGACAGAGUUCCUGCUCUUCUGAUGAUUUGCCAAAGACUCUUGUUAUGGCCUUAAAUCAAGGGUCAGUAGUGAAGAGCAUGGAUUUCCAUCCUAUGCAACAAAUUAUUCUUCUUGUUGGAACAAACAUGGGUGAUGUUAUGGUCUGGGAGUUGAGUAGCAGGGAGAGGAUUGCUCUGAAGAAUUUCAAGGUUUGGGAACAGGGCGUACACUCAGUGGGUCUCCAGGCAUCUCUUAGCAAUGGUUAUACAGCAUCAGUUAACCGUGUGGUGUGGAGUCCUGAUGGAGCUCUGUUUGGCGUUGCAUACUCUAAGCACAUUGUGCACCUCUAUUCCUAUCAUGGGGGAGAAGAUGUAAAGAACUACCGUGAGAUAGAGGCCCAUAAUGGGAGUGUUAAUGAUCUUGCUUUCUCCUAUUAUGACCGGCUAAGUCUCAUCACUUGCGGUGACGACAGGGUCAUUAAGGUAUGGGAUCCCCUUACAGGAAAUGCAAAAUUUACUUUUGAGGGUCAUGAAGCACCUGUUUAUUCUGUUUGUCCACAUCACAAGGAAAAUAUUCAGUUUAUCUUUUCAACGGCUACUGAUGGAAAGAUAAAGGCAUGGUUGUAUGAUAACCUGGGAUCAAGAGUGGACUAUGAUGCACCCGGCCACUCAUCUACCACAAUGGCAUACAGUGCUGACGGAAGAUUGUUUUCAUGUGGGACAAGCAAAGAGGGAGAAUCACACUUAGUGGAAUGGAAUGAAAGUGAAGGAACUGUUAGGCGUGCGUUUGUCGGUUUGGGAAAACGAUCUGUUGGGGUUGUGCAAUUUGAUACCACCAAGAAUCGCUUUUUGGCUGCUGGUGAUGAGUUCAUGGUCAAAUUUUGGGACACGAACAACGUCAAUCUUUUGACGAGUACUGAUGCAGAGGGUGGACUGCCUGCAUCUCCUUGUAUUAGAUUUAACAAAGAUGGAUCUUUAUUAGCCAUCUCAACAAAUGAUAAUAGCAUCAAAUUUCUAGCAAAUUCAGAUGGUGUUAGGCUGCUAAGAACAGUGGACAAUCGUACAUUUGAUGCUUCUAGAGCUGCUUCAGCAGCAAUUGUGAAGGCCCCUACAAUAAGUAACUUCAUUCCUGGCAAUGCUACUGGAACCGGCAUCAGCAUUGGGGAUAGAUCAGCUUCUGUUGCUUCUGGUGUUGGAAUUAAUAAUGAUAGUCGAAUUUUGGCUGACAUGAAGUCUAGAAGUAUAGAUGAACCAGUAGAAAACUCCAGGCUCUGGAAAUUGACUGAAGUAAAUGAACUAUCACAGUGCCGCUCUAUGAGGCUUCCUGAUAAUAUGACAGCCAUGAGGGUUUCUAGGCUGAUAUACACAAAUUCAGGACUGUCAGUGUUGGCAUUAGCUUCAAACGCAGUGCAUAAGCUUUGGAAAUGGCAGAGAAAUGAUCGAAAUGGGAAGGCUACUGCUAGUGCAGUACCACAACUAUGGCAGCCCUCUAGUGGAAUAUUGAUGACCAAUGAUAUAGGCGAUUCAAAUCCUGAAGAUGCCAUUCCAUGUUUUGCAUUAUCCAAGAAUGACUCCUAUGUUAUGUCGGCCUCUGGGGGAAAAAUCUCUCUUUUUAAUAUGAUGACAUUUAAGACAAUGACUACAUUCAUGCCGCCGCCGCCAGCUGCAACGUUUCUCGCUUUUCAUCCUCAGGAUAAUAAUAUCAUUGCUAUUGGCAUGGAGGACUCAUCUAUCCAGAUUUAUAAUGUCCGUGUCGAUGAGGUUAAAACAAAGUUAAAAGGUCAUCAGAAAAGAAUUACGGGCCUCGCUUUCUCCAACUCAUUGAAUGUGCUUGUAUCUUCUGGGGCUGAUGCUCAGUUGUGUGUUUGGAGCACAGAUGGGUGGGAAAAGCAGGCUAGCAAAGUCUUGCAGAUUCCACCUGGAAGAGUUUCGGCUUCCCUUGUGGAUACACGUGUUCAAUUUCACCUCGAUCAGACUCAUCUACUGGUGGUACACGAAUCGCAAAUAGCAAUAUAUGAAGCACCAAGAUUAGAAUGCCUUAAACAGUGGUUCCCUCGGGAAGCUAGCGGUCCAAUCACACAUGCAACCUAUUCUUGCGAUAGUCAGUCAAUAUAUGUUAGUUUUGAAGAUGGAAGUGUGGGUGUUCUCACUGCUUCAACACUCAGAUUGAGAUGCAGAAUAAAUCCUGCUGCUUAUUUACCUAUUAAUCCUAGUUUGAGAAUACAUCCUCUUGUCAUUGCUGCACAUCCAUCUGAGCCCAAUCAGUUCGCCUUAGGUUUAACAGAUGGAGGAGUCCAUGUGCUCGAACCAUUGGAGUCGGAAGGGAAAUGGGGUACCUCCCCUCCAGUUGAAAAUGGUGCCGGUCCGACCAACACUUCUAAUGCACCAGGUUCCGAACAAGCUCAAAGGUGACAACCAAAACGUGCCCAUCCUUGAAUGUAUGUAUCUGUUCCUUGUGAUCCCGCUCCCUAGGUUCAUCACAAUAUGAUUUUUGAGGGGAAGCUGCGGAACUUAAGGGGUGAUAGUUUUCAUCAUACCUGGUCUGAUCUGACAGAUUGUAUAAAUGACGGACAUCGUUUCAUUAAGUAGACUGUGUCUCAAGGAAAGGUGUCAUCGGUUCAUCUCAUCCAGAAUGAGUGAAGAAGCACUAGUGUUUAUGCUGUAAAUUCAGAAGCUAAAAGGAAAGCGAGUACGGAAGGUAGUCCGAGUGACAGAACGGGAGGUAGUAACAAAAGAAAAUAGAAUUGAAGUGGACUUUUAGGAUAAAAAGAAAAUGUUAAUUGAGUUGGCGAGCACAUAUUGUAGCAGAAUUUUCUUUACAUGGUUUAUAUUGAGUUUCUUUUACGUGUUCCCAGUCA